AACCGCCACCGUGUUAUGGGCGUGUGCAACCGCCUCCACGGCAGUAAUAUGUCAGGACAACACGAUAUCCCCCCUGAGGUCGGGGAGCAGCCCGAGCAGGAACCUCUGGAGGCCGCAGGGGCAGCUGCCGCCGGUGCUGGGCCUGGCCCAGCCGAAGAAAUGGAGACCGAACCGUCCAACAAUGAGCCCAUCCCCGACGAGGCUGGCCUUGAGGUCUCUGGACCCCCUGAGGUCUCCAGAUCUGACCUCCAGAGCCUCCCUCAGGCCUUCGAGGAAGUCCGAGUGGGUGGAGACUACAGCCCACCUCCGGAGGAAGCCAUGCCAUUCGACACCCAACAGCCCAGCCUCGGAGAUUUCUGGCCCACCCUGGGGCAGCCUGGAACAUCUGGGACCCCAUCGGGCCCCCAAGACUUCAAUCCAGCGCUUUUGGAGCCCGGGACCCCCGGUGGUCCCAACCCGAGCCUGGGAGCCUAUAGCCCCCCACCGGAAGAAGCUAUGCCAUUUGAGUUCAAUGAGCCUGCCCGGGGAUACUGGCCCCAGCCUCCCAUGCACGUCCCGGACCUUGCUCCAGGAGGUCCGGAGGAAGGGGCGGCCGGAGGUUUUGCCGCGGAGCCCGGGAACCUCAGAUCUGAAAACGCUGGCCUCCGAGACGACUACAGCCCUCCACCUGAAGAAUCCGUGCCGUACGGGUUGGACGGAGAAGGAUCUGGGAGCGAUAGCCCACCCCCGGGGCUCCCGCGAGUCAUCCCGCCAAUCCGCCCUGGCGGCGAGUUCCCGACAGCCGCGGUCCCGAGUACGCUCUGCCUCGCUCCCGCCGAGAACGCGCCUCCCCUUUGGGUCCAAGGCGCCAUUGGCAGACCGUUCAGCGAGGCUGUCAGAGCUGCGCCCAACUUCGCCUGCGACACCCCCCCGUUGGAGAUCUCCAGACCCCUGCUGGAGAUUGGCAGAGCCUCCAUUGGGGUCGGCGACGACACCGCUGUCAAUAUGGACGACGCCCCAAUCGCAAGUGAUGGCCCGCCCAUCGAAGUCUCUGGAGCCCCAGAUAAGAGCGAGCGCGCAGAGAGACCCCCAGUUGAGCGAGAAGCAGCCGAGAUGGAAGGAAGCCUUACCACCGCAGCUGUGGUGGAAGGAAAAGUCCCCUCUCCGGAGCCAGGGGACGGAGGAUCCACGCAGCCAGGAGCCAUGGAUGCCGGGCCAGCCCCAGCCGCCCAAGCCGUCGCUACCGAGCCUGACGCCGGAGGAGCUCCUCCAGCCCCAGCGGCACCCGCGGAUCUCCCGAACGAACCUGAAGAAGUCGGAGCAGCCCCUGCCAUCCGAGCAGAGCCUGACGGAGGUGCAGCCCCGGCCGUCGCCCCAGCCACCCCUGCCGAGCCCGAAGGAGCCGGAGAGCCAGCCGCCGCGGAGCCAGCCUCCGAGGCAGUCCCUGCCACCACGGCCGAGCCUGCCUCCGGGGCAGCCUCCGUCACCCAGGUGGAGCCCGCGGCCGCGGCAGUCUCUGCCAUCCCGGCGGAGCCUGCCGCCCGGGCUGCCCCCGUCGCCCCUCCGGAGCCCGCUCCCCGACCCAUCCCCACUGCCAGAGCCCAUCCGGCCGCCGGGGCAGUCCCUGGCGCCCCAGCGAUGCCAGCCUCCGCUAGGGCAGCCUCUGCUAGGGCAGCCUCCGCUAGGGCAGCUGCCGCUAGGGCAGCCUAUGCAGGUCCUCUGGUCUGGGGAGCCAGGUCACUCUCUGCUACUCCCGCCGCCCAGGCAUGCCUUCCUGCCCGCGCAGCUGCCGCCGCCCGCGCAGCCUCUGCCGCCCGGGCAGUCAUUGCCGGCCGGUCAGCCUCUGCUGCCCCAAGCCGAGCCCAUCUUAGACCCCCCAGCCCAGAGAUCCAGGUUGCUGAGCCGCCUACUCCGCGGCCUGCUCCGCGGCCGCCUGCCUGGCCUGACAAGUACGAACGUGGCCGAAGCUGCUGCAGGUACGAGGGGGCAUCGUCCGUCAUCUGCGAGAUCGACUCCUCUAGCGAUGAGUCGGAAGAAGGGGCCACCGGCUGCUUCCAGUGGCUUCUGCGGCGCAACCGCCGCCCCGGCCAGCCCCGGAGGAGCCACUCGGUCGGGUGCAACCCAGUCCGCAAGUUCUUCGCCAGAACCUUCGGAAGCUGCUUCGGUCUCUCUGAGACCCGCUCACGAUCCCUCAGCCCCCGGAGGGCCCAGGAGCUCAUGGAGAAAAGGCGCAAACAGAUGCGCAAAGAAGCCAUUGAGAUGCGAGAGCAGAAGCGCGCAGACAAGAAACGCAGCAAGCUCAUCGACAAGCAACUGGAGGAGGAGAAGAUGGACUACAUGUGUACCCACCGCCUGCUGCUUCUAGGUGCUGGAGAGUCUGGCAAAAGCACCAUUGUGAAGCAGAUGAGGAUCCUGCAUGUUAAUGGGUUUAACGGAGAGGGCGGCGAAGAGGACCCGCAGGCUGCAAGGAGCAACAGCGAUGGUAGUGAGAAGGCCACCAAAGUGCAGGACAUCAAAAACAACCUGAAGGAGGCCAUUGAAACCAUCGUGGCCGCCAUGAGCAACCUGGUACCCCCUGUGGAGCUGGCCAACCCUGAGAACCAGUUCAGAGUGGACUACAUUCUGAGCGUGAUGAACGUGCCGAACUUUGAUUUCCCACCUGAGUUCUAUGAGCAUGCCAAGGCUCUGUGGGAGGAUGAGGGGGUUCGCGCCUGCUAUGAACGCUCCAAUGAGUACCAGCUGAUUGACUGUGCCCAGUACUUCCUGGACAAGAUUGAUGUGAUCAAGCAGGCCGACUAUGUGCCAAGCGACCAGGACCUGCUCCGCUGCCGCGUCCUGACCUCUGGAAUCUUUGAGACCAAGUUCCAGGUGGACAAAGUCAACUUCCACAUGUUCGAUGUGGGAGGCCAGCGCGACGAGCGCCGCAAGUGGAUCCAGUGCUUCAAUGACGUGACUGCCAUCAUCUUCGUGGUGGCCAGCAGCAGCUACAACAUGGUCAUUCGGGAGGACAACCAGACCAACCGCCUGCAGGAGGCUCUGAACCUCUUCAAGAGCAUCUGGAACAACAGAUGGCUGCGCACCAUCUCUGUGAUCCUCUUCCUCAACAAGCAAGACCUGCUUGCUGAGAAGGUCCUCGCUGGGAAAUCGAAGAUUGAGGACUACUUUCCAGAGUUCGCUCGCUACACUACUCCUGAGGACGCAACUCCCGAGCCCGGAGAGGACCCGCGCGUGACCCGGGCCAAGUACUUCAUCCGAGAUGAGUUUCUGAGAAUCAGCACCGCUAGUGGAGAUGGGCGCCACUACUGUUACCCUCACUUUACCUGUGCCGUGGACACUGAGAACAUCCGCCGUGUCUUCAACGAUUGUCGCGACAUCAUCCAGCGCAUGCAUCUCCGCCAAUACGAGCUGCUCUAAGAAGGGAACACCCAAAUUUAAUUCAGCCUUAAGCACAAUUAAUUAAGAGUGAAACGUAAUUGUACAAGCAGUUGAUCACCCACCAUAGGGCAUGAUUAACAACGCAACCUUUCCUCUUCCCCGAGUGAUUCUGAAAAAAACCCUUCUUCCCUUCAGCUUGCUUAGAUGUUCCAAAUUUAGUAAAGCUUAAGGCGGCCUACAGACGAAAAAGAAAAAGAAAAUAGGCCACAAAAGUUCCCUCUCUCUUUCAGUAAGUAAAAUAAAAGCAGCAACAAACAGAAAUAAAUGAAAUAAAAAUGAAAUAAAUGAAAAACAAAAUGAAAUGAAUAUUGUGUUGUGCAGCAUUAAAAAAUCAAAAUAAAAAUUAAAUGUGAGCAAA